AAGUGACGUGUUUCCUCUCGUUGACAUAACGCUUUUUGGUUGUUCUUGUUAGCUUACACUAGCUAGAAGUGCUAACUCGUUGUGUAAGAUCAUCUGUUGUAAUAUCCAUUGUGUGGGAUGAGUUGAACCCUUUGUGUAGCGUCAGUGCGAUACUUCUGGGGUUAUGUUUUAUUCCUGAUAUUUAUCUUCACAUCGUCCCGCUCUCUGACGUUGAACAGGACGGCGAUGGGUGGCGGUGGACCGACGGGUUGCUCAGCUUCGCUUUCCCUCAGACAGAUGUCUCCCUGCAGGAUGAGCAGAGCAGUUCAUCUCUGAUCCACCCAUCUGUGAGGCUGCAGAGAGUCGACACACCGCUGAUAACAUCAACAAGCUUGUUCCUGCCAUCAAUCACUUUGUUUAUGUCCACUAUGGAGACCUGUCAGUUGACUUUGGCUGUGAGAGGAGAAACAUCCCCAGAUGCAGCUGUCUAACAAAGAGAGGCAGAGACUUUUCAGGGCCAGGAAGAAUGCUGACCCAGGAGCUAGGGCUGAGUAUCUUUAGAAAAAGAGAGAAUGGUGAGGUGAUUGCAGUUGUUGGUAGCUGUGAAGCCCUGGGAUGCUGGAGCCAUCAAAAAGCUGUGACCUUACAGCCUGAUGCGGCCGAUGGGAACACGUGGACUACAACUGUCACUGUUCCCAAAGGAGCUGUCUACAAGUAUCGGUAUUUGAAAGGCUUCUUUCUGGAGUCAAAGAGUGCAAGCGGUCCCUGUCAAGUGAUAGUCAAUGUGUGGGAGACCCAUCAGCAGCCUCGCAAGAUGAGCCCCACAGCUUCCCACCAGAAUAUUGAUGACGGACAAUUUGGAGUUCACAAUGGACUGAACUGUGUGGACUCUGGGUGGCUGACGUGCCAGACAGAGGUUCGCCUGCGUCUGCACUAUUCUAAGGUGUCCCCGGUGUCCAUCACCAAGAAGAAAUUCAAGAAGUCUCGCUUCAGAAUCAAGCUGACAUUAGAGGGCAUUGAGGAGGAAGAGGAUGAUGAUGAUGAAGAUGAGCCCAGUCCGACAUCAUGGCAAAAGAUGACCACCACUCUGGAGACCAGUAUGAUUAGUGCCAAUGGCUACAAGUCCCGUCACUCGCAGCCCGAGUGUGGGUAUGCACUGGAGCCCUCUCAGUGGACCGAGUACAGCAUCCACACCAUGGACCCGGACAACCUGGAGCUCACCUUUGAGUUCUUUGAGGAGGAUCUGGGCGAGCAUGUCGUCCAGGGUGACGCUCAACCAGGUUAUGUGGGCACAGCUUGCCUCCUCUCCUCCUCAUUUCAGGAGAGCGGUAAGGACGCAGGAGUUGCCACGCUUCCCAUAAUGGGUCGAAAUUCCCGGCAGACCAUCGGUAAAGUCAGAGUGGAUUACCUGGUGAUCCGACCCAUCCAGGGGCUGCAGUGUGACAUGAGCUCCUCCUUUACAAAGUACUGGAAGAAAAGAAGCACUCUUGAUGUCGGCCACAGAGGAGCUGGCAGCACACACGCAGCUAAGCACCACAGAGUCACUGAGAACACAAUCUCCUCCUUUAAAAGUGCUGCAAAGCAUGGUGCAGCCUAUGUGGAGUUUGAUGUUCACCUCUCCAAGGAUUCUGUUCCAAUUGUAUACCAUGAUCUGACAUGCUGCAUAUCCACCAAGAAGAAAAAUGACAAGACUUCUUUGGAGCUAAUUGAAGUGCCAGUCAAAGACCUGACCUUUGAUCAGCUGCAGCUCCUGAAGCUGGCCCAUGCCACUGCAAUAAAAGAAAACAGUGACAAAGAUCUGAUGGAUGAUGACGAUCAUGAAAUCGAUGAGGAUAAGCCAUUCCCCUCACUCUCACAGAUCUUCCAAAGUAUCCCUGAGCAUGUGGGCUUCAACAUUGAGCUCAAGUGGAUCUGCCAAAUGAAAGAUGGGUCAUGGGAUGGAAAUCUGUCCUCCUACUUCAACAUGAACACUUACCUCGACAUCGUCCUGUCCUGUGUGCUGCAGAAAGGCGGGAAGAGACGCAUCGUCUUCUCCUGUUUCGACCCUGAUGUCUGCAGCAUGGUGCGUCAGAAGCAGAACAAAUACCCCAUCCUCUUCCUGACUCAGGGAAUUUCAGAGAAGUAUCCUGAGCUGAUGGACAUCCGCUGCCAGACCACUCAGAUUGCCAUAAGUUUCGCCCAGAGUGAGAAUAUACUGGGGAUCAGUGCCCACACUGAGGAGCUGCUAAAAAACUUCUCCUUCAUCGGGGAUGCUCAGUCCAAAGGCCUGGUGGUGUUCAGCUGGGGAGAAGACAACAACGACCACGAGAACAGAAAUAGGCUGAGAGAGCAGGGGAUUGAUGGACUCAUCUAUGAUAGGAUCUGUGAGGACCAAGGAGAGCAGCCAAACAUCUUCCAGAUAGAGGAGCAGCACUCCCUGCAGGAGGUUAUCACAGAGGAGACCCUAAAGAGCUCCAACUGCUCUUGCUACUCCAUCCCGUGCUCCAUGGCCCCCUGCGUCACCUCCAAGGUCCGGGCCGGCAGCGCUGAGUCCGACUCUGGACUCAGCUCCUCAUAACCAUCAAUGGACCCAAAACACUCUGAAGAGGACCAAGGUGGCAGAGAGGGGGGUUAUAAAAACAUGAACAAGAGAUCAGUUUUGUGUCCAUAAUCAAACACUGAUAGGAAACAUUUUAGUUUUUCCUCGUCAUACAUGAUCACGAGAGUACAGCCUCUGAAAGCAGUUCCACUCCACUGUACACACUGUCACAUUUUUUUGUCUAUGCACAUUGUUGAAAUAAGUGGAUGUUUUGCCAAAACAUUAAGGCAGCCAUAUAUUUUGAUAUCUUCUUUUUUUAGUGGUGGACAAAAGAAAGUUUGGAAUUAGAACAGGAUGUAAGAAGUUAUCCAAAAUAGUGGGCACAUGUCAAAAUGGUGAUUUAUUUCAUAUUUAUUUAGCCAAUAUUGUGCUUUUUUUUUUUCGAGGUUUAAGUGCUAUGAGAGAGUUCAUAUUUUAUUUUAGCAAGGAAAAAGCUCAGCUGCAAGUUGUGAGGAUUAUGCUGUUAUAUCUUGUCUGUGCAUGUAGCUACAACCAUAAGUGUUAUAGUCAUUGUCUCAAAUAUUAAAUUAUAAGAAGCAAAUGGUUAAGUGGGUUAAGUUUGCAUGCUACGCAUUGUACAAGACGAUGUGCGUUUUCCUGCUAGUGUGGGUUGUUGCGAAUGAAUGCUCGCCUUUGAACUUUAAACUCUUGCUGAUACACCGCAAAGGUAUCAUUGUGGAUUUCAAACUGGAUGUACUGUAUCCUUUUUUUGAUUUAUUACCUUGAUUUAUGGAAAAGCAGAAGAAUGUUAUAUUUGCUUCAGCGCACACGCAUACCACAGCCUUAAGGGGAAAGCUUGUCACUUUCUUGAAUUUUUUUUUUCCAAAUCACCAGUACCUCACUUGUCAUUUCUUAGAAUAGACUUGACUAGAGGAGUUUGUACAGAAUGAACACUUGAUCUUCUUUCCUGUAAAACAUAUUUAGCUUCACAUUGCAUAAGACUGAUGCUGCAUCUUGAACACAGCAAAUCAAACUCAUUUAUAGUAGUCUGUGUACAUCUUUCCCGUUAUUCAAACUUUUCUUGGUAAACUAAUAACCGAGUCAUGCAUGGUUUGUAUAUGUCUACAUGAAUAUCAGGGGCUAAGAGUCAAUCCAGUGUAAGGUGUUAAUUGCCACUUCAGGAAAGAAGAUUUUAUGUGGUAAUGUAAAUAAAAUCAGAACCUAUAUUUGUU